GUCAGCGUUACAAUCAAGAUGGCGGACGGGCCAGGGGCGGACGGACUAUUGUGAAUCGUGGUCGCAUUUCGUGGGAUUUUAGGUUUUAUCGUUUUACAAAAUGCCACUAAAGGACCUUUUUGCCAAGGCUCCACCUCCGCUACCUCCAAGUGAAGAACCUUGGCCCCGACCAGAAACUUCUAGGGAGACAGUCAGACAGUCUUCACUUCACUCGGCUACCGCCCGUCCAACACUCGACGAAUUCUUGCGGACAAAUUAUCUAAUGAUCCCAGACUUCUUGUUGAAAGUCACCCAGGCAAAGGUAGCGGCAAGAAUGGGGAAAAGUAGUCAUGAUUUCCAGAGUGCGGCAUCUAAGCAAAGCAUGUUAACUUUUGGAACUGUACAAGGGCGUAGCACUUCUUCUGCUUCAGCUAAUGUUUCCCCUUGUAACAUCGUUAGCAAUACCGAUAAAGAAGUGAAAAUUAUUGAAAGCAGGGGAAAACAAGUAAAAGAACCAACAGCAAAUCCCGCAAUUCGUAGCACUAAGAACAGUGAUAUGCUAUGUACUGUACUUUCACGAAAGCAAAGCUGUGAAGAAAUUCAGGUUCCCCCACCAUUGAAACCAAAGCCCAGGGUUAAGAAAGUAAUGAGAGGAGGGUCCUUAGUAACCAUUCCUCCCCCACAGCCCAGAAGACAGGAGUCUGUCAAAGAUGGUGGAAAAAGCACGUUUUCUGAUACUAAUGUAUGUUUAAUGAGCAGUCUGGAAGGCAGAGAUGCAGCUUGUGAUGUUUGUGAGAGAAGCAUUCAGGAAAUUGUGGAAAAUCCAAGUUUCAAAGAAACUCAUGACGAUCAGGAGCUUGCAAAGAAAGAGGGUUCAAUCAACUCUGGUUUUGAAGCAGAUAAUUUAGAGACAAAAGUUUCCAGCCGGGACAACAGAGGGUCUGGAACAGAAGUUUUAACAGAGGAUUGUGAGGUAAAACAGGUCCCGUUAACCCACUGUGAUACUGCAGUAUCAGAAAAAAGUCACAACACCUCAUAUGGAAAUUCAAAUGACAAUUUUAAUGAAUCUGACAGCAAUACCUGUCCAAGUGCCACACCUAAAGCAGAUGAAAGCAUUAAUUUACUUAGUGAGGUUCCUGAGGUAAUUCUGGAUAAGGGCUCUGAGAAGGUAUCUAAUAAAGAACAUCAAGGGGAGUUCACAUCAGGCCUGAAAAGUGGCUCUUACGGGAAAGCUGCUAUUGCCAAAGACAGUGAAGUUAACAGUGAAGACCUAAGGCUUAGUGAAAAUCUUGAAAGGGCCCUUUGUGACGAUCUUGAUGGGACGCCACCUGUUUUAGACCCAGAAGAAAUGACAAUCUGUAAGGACCCUUUGGAAAAAACUAAGACAGAACUAACGCCACAAGGCAUAGUCAUUGUAGACCCUCAGCUAAUAACUAUGGAUAACCCCAUUAUCAGGGAGAAAUCAGCUGAUUUGCCACAUAAAUUAGUCAUACAAAGUUCCAUUAUGAAACAAACCCUGGCCAAUAAUAAGGAAGGUCAGUCUGCCAGAGAACCUAGUGAGAAGAAUGCCAGUGGGAGCAACCCUUCAGAAAAACUUGUUAAUGACAAAGAGGACAAACAUCUUAAUGAUUUUGGUGAUAAGGACAAUGAAAUUUAUUGUUACAAUGAUGAGCAGAAUGUCCCUGCUAACAGUACUGAGAAAAUAACAGAGAUCAAUACGAAAGGCUGUGAUGAUACUGCUGUCAAUGACAAUGAUGAUAAAAGGAGUGACUGUGUAAGUUCAUCCAGUACUGAUGAUAAGGAGGAUAACAGCAAUGACAGUGAUGAAGUUGAUGAUGACAGCGAUAAUGAUGAUGACGGCAAUGAUGUUUAUGUCAAAGACAACCAAGUGGAUGAUACCAAUGAGGAAUAUGCUGAGCUUAUAAUGGAUGAUUCAACUUCAGAGGGGGAAGAUGAAUAUGAUGUUUACCCUGUCAAUGACAGUGAUUCUGAUGAGAAGGAAGAUGAACUUAAGAGCGAUUACGAAGCUGAGGAUAUGAAUUUGGACUCUGAUACUGAAUCAGCUACGGGUGGAAUAACAUCCUACCAAGACACUACAAUUGGUGCAAGAGUGAAACAAUCAAGAAGAAAGCUGCAGAGGGAGAAACGGAAGGCAAAAAAUCAGAGAAAGAAAGCUUCCAAGAAAAGGGCCAAGGCAGCAAAACAGGUUGCAAAAGGGCAUGUUCAAAACAGAAGCCAUGAUCCAGCUGGAACGAAAAAGGACUUCAAAGGCAAACAGAAACUUACCCUAACAUCUCAGAAGGCAGGCACAAAACUAGAGCCUGGUACAGGGGAUAAAUCCACAGAAGCUGUUCUAAAAUCCAAGCCUGGUGCACAGAAGCUUCCUCCAAACAAUCCGCCUAAGGAGGAUACAUUGGAAGACGGUUCACUUCUAUCGAUGGUAUCUUCGUUUGCUGUGGACCUGACAGUCGCAGCUAAUGAAAAGCUGUUCUUGACUAAGCGUCGAGGAGGCCAACAUUCCAAGAAGAUGAAGAAAGCCAAAAGAAAAGCUGAAGCGCUGGAGAGAAUCCGGAGAGGAGAGCCGCCACCUAGAACAGCGAGACGAGUUUUUGUGGAACUCCCUAAACCAAUCUGCGCGUUUUACAGAGAAGGAAAGUGUAGGAAGGGCAGCGAUUGUUCGUUUCGUCAUGACAGAUCAGCUCUAAUAAAGAGAAAAGAAAUUUGCAGGUUUUAUAUGCACGCUGCAGACAACUGUUUUGCGGGAGAAGAUUGCAUUUUUAUGCACAGUUCGUUUCCAUGUAAGUUCUUUCACACCUCAAGAUGCCGGGACGGUGACCACUGCAGAUUCUCCCAUGAUGCCUUAACAGAGGAAACAGACCGGCUUCUGCAAGCGUUUCUCAACCCCCCAACUGAAAACCCUGUCCAGUCUUCACAAGAAAAGAACCUCGCCACAUCAAAUCAACAGUCUGCCGGUGGUAAUUCACGCGACGAUGACCCGUCACAAACGUUAACUUCUUCGUCUCCGUACAAUCUCCGCGCCAGUGCCCGAAAGAGGGCACUUGGUAGCGAUGAAGCGGGCACAGAAGGUGGUUCUUUGAUUGGUGGAAAAAUCGCAAAGCAGGAAACCCCAGGAAACGAUCAGGGCAACGAAGAGGGACAGUCCUGCGCGUUUUUACCAGGAUUAUAUAGAGAUCUGUCCUCGUAGUUGUCAACUGACUUCAGGGCUUGAUUUUCAUAAGACCGUUCUGGCCAUCUCUCUGUAACGCAACGCUACACUCUAAGGAGAAAACGUAGCGUUACGUGACAGAGAGAAGGCUAGGACUGGACAAGGUUUUCCUUACUCAUCCUAAAACUGCCCUUGUUUCUUGAAGACCUGUGAUUUUGCACAGAUAUUUGCUUUCCAUGGAAAUAAAUGUCCUUUUCGUGAGA